GGAUGGUGCACUGAAUGACUGGUGCGUUCAGUCGUGCGUCAGACACAGAGGUCCUCCCCUUGUGUUUCUAUGUUACUGCCCCCCUCUCUCGCUCUCGAUCCCCCUCCCUUCCUCUCGUCUCUUCUGGCAUCCCCCAUCCCCCAUCGCUUUAUGUGCUUCCAUACAGCCUGAAAAAUCAACCGGAGGAGGAAACCUUCACACUCGCGGAGAAUAGACCGACCCUCAGCAACCCAGAAGAUCGCUUUAAACCGGGGACACAGACUGGAUCAGGGUGACCCAUCUAAACCGUCUCACUCUGAUUUGCAUAUCCAUUCUUCCUACCUCCUUCAUUUGCCUUUCCUUCACUGAGAAUGGCAAGCGGGCAUUCCACUGACAAAUUCAGUUUUCUGUACCCAACAGACACCAGUCAGAACGUGAAGAGUAAGAACAGGCUGUCUUCCACCAUGAACCCGGUGUACAGUCCAGUGCAGCCGGGAACCCCCUACGGAAACCCCAAGAAUAUGGCAUACGCAGGUUAUCCAGGAGGUUACCCUACGACUGCCCCGACCUACACAGCCAAUCUUUAUCAGACAGGUAGCCCGGGAUACCCACCAGUGCUGCUGGUGAAGCAGGCCUGGCCCCAGACGGCAUCUGCUCCGGGGCCCGCAGAAGGCUCCUAUGACCUGGCUAUGGACGCUGGCUCAGAGAGCAGGCAAUACCAGGCCUCAUCUACAGCAUUCAGAUAUACUGCAGGAACACCUUAUAAAGUGCCCCCUACUCAGACCAAUGGAGCUCCUCCACCCUAUUCCCCGUCUCCUAACCCCUACCAGACGGCCAUGUACCCCAUCAGAAGUGCCUAUCCCCAGCAGAACCUCUAUGCGCAGGGUGCUUAUUACACGCAGCCUGUGUACGCCGCCCAGCCUCAUGUCAUCCACCACACCACCGUGGUCCAGCCCAACAGCAUCCCCUCCGCCAUCUACCCCGCUCCUGUACACGCACCUCGCUCCAAUGGGAUGGCCAUGGGCAUGGUGGCCGGGACAACGAUGGCCAUGUCUGCUGGAACACUGCUGACCACCCCUCAGCACACUCAGAUCGGAGGACACCCCGUCACCGUGCCAACGUACCGACCACAAGGAACACCUGGAUACAGCUACGUUCCACCUCACUGGUAGAGCCCACCUGCCAAUCAUAUCUGGAGUCAAACAUUGUAUGCAACUACUCAAGUCUUACAUCGGCGCUCUGUGCUCAACAGUGAGGCGCCACGUCUGUUUGCAAGAACAAAAGAGAAAAAAAGUGCAAGGGUCACGUGUUUUUGUAAAAGCUGCUUUUUUAUCCUUUUAUUUAAUUUUUAAUUGUUUUAUUAUUUUUCUUCUCAUUUUUUUGGGAUGAUGUUCUUGCAUUAGGUUAUUUUAAUUCUUCAUUGUUCCAUAGUUACUUCUCUAAGAACUCCAGAAUGAUUUCGACCAAUCACGAUCUGUCUUUGUGUUCAGUAUAAACGCUGAUGUGCGUGCAGGAAUGUACCGACGCAAUAUCAGCAACACUCGGAUCAUAAUCAUCCACUUACGCUGCCAAAUUUGAUAAACUUUAGAUAUCAGCACAGGGUUUCGUUUUUUAUUUCAUUUUAUUUAUAUACAGCGGCGUUUCAUUUCAGCCUUCCCAAAGCGCUUGGGAAUCAUUUGAUUUCAUUUAAACUCAAUUCUCCCAUUUCGUUCUGUCAUCGAUAACAAGGGUGUCUUCCAGCUUGUAGCUGUUCAUGUAGAUUUGUAAGGAAUAUAUCAUUAGUAGGGCAGUGCAAACGUGCUUUAACCUUCAUUAGGAUAUCGAGUACAUUCAGUAAUCUUAGUUAUUCACUAAAUAGAGAACGUUUGCGUGAGCUGGUUACUUUAUUAGCUUAUGUGUCAGGAUAGCGUAAGCUUCCAAACUAUAACGUGUAUAUUCGAUUAUAUUAGUGUGCGCGCAUGCGCUCACAGUGAAUAUUGAGGAAAAAAAUCUAUCAGUGGCACUUAGCUGGAGCCUCUGGGUGCGAUGUCGAUCCCGCUGACAUCGAACCCGAUCGAAACGUGUGCCAACUUUGAGGCCAGACAGGACGGACGCUACUCUGACGGAACGAUUAGGAUCGCAUCCCAUGCAAAGGGACUUUAUGGUAUCAUAGGUAGCACUAAAAAACAAAAUAAAAAAAUAAGCGAAUAAAACAAGGGAGGGACGGCGUUCCGGCAUUCAUUUCCAAUCAGCUCCGGCUCGAGAGUGGGUCUAACCCCUGGUCCUCUGUGAAUCCUUGGGCCUUUAGGCCUGUAGUUGCACAGAUUUUAAGCGUAGAAACGGAGUUGUUCAAUGCAAUAAUACGAAGGGCCUGCUUGAAUGGCCUUUAAUUGUAAUUUACCGCAUUUUUAGAGAGAUAAAGAGAAAAUUUUGAUUUCUUAUCCCGAGGCCUCGCCUGUAUCCAUGAAUAGUGUACUCAGAAGUGACGUAUCGAAGUAUUCUAUGAAAUGUUAUCAUACCGAAGCAUUGCACAUUGACAAAUAGACAUAACGUAAUAACCAAUUAUACGGUACACUCUCAUAUUAAAUGAUGUAAUUAAGAAAAUCAAGCAUUUACUCUGCAAACCAUUAGUCUUGGUAAUGUCUCUGGAAGUAAUAUUAUUGUCAGUACAGAACAGUAUCACUCUUUUCGUUGUUUUGUUGGCUAAGCAACCACUAUUUCGAUAUAUAGUACACUCAAAAGUGGGAAGAAGCGAUUUGUCUGAUCUUAUGUGAAAGUCAUAACGUCUAGUAAUGCAUGUGUCAUGCGGGUGAAUGCAGUAUAGUGUAAUCAGAUGGAAACUAUGCCCUCGCAAAGCAUGGUUGCAUCAUGUUGAAUUGCAGCUUAUGGAUUGCUUUUAAUAAUACAUUAACAUUACAGCACAUACCCCUUGGUAGUUUUCGUUGAAGUAAAGGGAGAGAGUGAGGGCGCAGAGUGACUGAAUCUCAUGGGGAAUAUGUAUAUAUAUAUAUAUAUAUAUAUAUAUAUAUAUAUAUAUAUAUAUAUAUAUAUAUAUAUAUAUAUAUAUAUAUAUAUAUAUAUAUAUAUAUAUAUAUAUAUAAUUGCAUAAAUUAAGUGAAGCCUUUUUUUUUGUUGCUUUUUUUUCCUUUUAUUUUCAGAAUAAUUAAUUUCACCACAUAUUGUAAUUCAUGUAAUACUUCCCUUAUUUUUUAUUUAUUAUUGUUUAUUAUUCUAAAUAGAAUUUCUGCAAUAUUGUAAUAGAUUUUUUUUUACAGAUAUUUGCUGUCAACAAAUAUCACCAUGAUGCGUGGAUAAUAUUUCUACAUUUAUAAAGGAAAUUGUCAUGAAAAUAAUAAUAGAAGAAAAAAUCUAAAAUAGGCUUCAUUUUCUUUAUGCAAAAUAUAUGUAUUCUUUUUAGGGUGAAAUACCUAGACAUGCUCUUGACAGGUUUCAUCUGAAAAUGACUGUAACUUCAUUGCAGUAUAAUCAUUUUCCUUUAGUAAGAGCAGAUUUGUUUGGCAAAAGCAGGUAAAGCGAGUCAAAAGUCCUUCAGUGUGUGUAAUAUUUGUGUAACGAUUGAAUUUUAUUCAUGUGAAGUCAUCAAUAAGUAAUGCAAAUGAGUCAAACUGGCUCAUCGGUUAAUUAUUGGAUGAAAUUGCAUAAUUCACAGCAUGUUUUGAUGACAUAUGAUGUCAUUUUUCUGCCCUACUCUUUCCUUUUCUGGUCUUAUACAGUAUUAUAUCAAGCAGUGAACUAUAUUUUCUGUGUGUUUGCCUAAGUUUGCAUCACAAGACUUGAUUGAUGCAAUUAAUCACUGUAGUCGACAUAUGAAACUCAUCUGAAACGCAAGCAGACCGCCGUCAGACCUCUGAGUGACCUUUUACACUGCAACCUGAAUAAAGGGUUUUAAAUCCGAAUAAGAGGACAUUACCAUCAACUCUGACAUGUAAUUUAGGCGCUUUUUCCGUAAGUGUUAUUUAAAGUUUGAACUAAUGAUCGAUGUUCAUUUUUCUUAACUAGGAGAUCUUUAUAGUUGAUCUGGGGUGGAGUGAUACAGUCCAUGUGGUCGAGACAUUUCAGAGCACAAGUCUUCAAAGGGUUUCCUCUUCCUCUUCAUGCAUCUCCCCAAUCUGUCUUUCUCUUCUACUUUUCGGCCAAAUGACACGGAGUACCGAGUUCAGCCAUCUGAAGCUGCGAUUCAAAAAGUGGCAGACUUUUACUCAGCGUUCUGUGAAAAUUAGAUUGUAGCGAAGAUGGUUUACAAUGUUUUAAUGCAGGGUCAUCGUGAAUUCAAAGGGACGGAUCAUCCAAAAAUGAAACGCUGUUUGAAAACAUCUUGUUUUAUGUGAAGUCAAAAUGAUAACUGCACUUACAUUUUUGGAUGAAUUAUUCCUUUAAUCCUGAACACUUGUAUUUUCCCAAUAGCAAGUAACGCUCACCACAAAUUAUUCCAGUGAGGGUUUUUGCUGAAUUUCUCCCAUUCUAAAAUAAAUCCACCUGUCUUCUGUAUGAAAUCAAGUGGUCUUUUCUGGGUGUUGUUUUUUUUUUUUUUUGGUCGUGGUGUGGAAGAGGCUUUUUUUUUUUUCUGUUUGGAUCGUUUUGAUGUUGCUAUUGCAAACCCAUGCACUGUUCUGUUCUUUGGUUUCAGGGCAUCGAUCAAAGGAUUGUUUACUAGCGCCCGUGAUGCAUGCGAUGGGUUAUUAGCUCUAGUGAAGUCAGUGUCACCUCACCAGUAUGUUAAUUAAGGUAUUUCUUAACUAAUCGUGGCACUGGUUUCACGCUCUUGCUGAAAACCUGUGCUAUGUACCAUAGGCUUAAAUGCAAACAAACGAAGGGUUGCUAUUUCACACUAAUGUUUAGGAAAACAGCUUUUUGUGUUUGACCUGUACGGAGAAUAAGACUUCAUUGUUUGCAUCCUAAAUGUAGAGCAAAAAGGGGAAAGUCUUCCAGAAUCUAACUCCCUUCAGUGAGUGUUAAAGAGCCCUUACACCAUAUAGUAUGUAUUAGGCACUACUGCGUGGUUCUGGCAUCGUCAAGAUCUCAUUCCUGCAAGGUUGUGGCAGGUCCGAGCGUGUUUUGGCCAGUGCGGUCCGGACCGUGCCGUUCAACCGUUUGAGCAAGGAGACCCACAUCAGGCUUGUGAAAUGAAGUGUAAAACUGUUUUUAUUAUUUUGGGGUUUUUUAUUGUUUUUGUUUUUGUUUUUGAAGAUCAGUUAGUGAUCUCUGUGACAUAAUUAAGCCAAGUUUGUAAUUGUAUAAUAUUUACUGUAAGAUGUAGAACAUUCAAUAACUAUUAAAAUCUUUCCAAAAAAAUA